GUAUUUCAAAUUGUAAAAUGAAUACAUUGUUUUAUUUUAUUCAUGUAGAUGAUGCGCGCGUUGAUAAUCUUGUGUCUUACUGGAAUGGCUCUUUCUGACAUGCCAUGGUCCUUUCAACCAACCUUUACAUUUGAUUGUGGUAAACCUGACAAAUAUAUGGCUUUCGUAAGUUCCAGUAUUACUCCCGACCCUAUUCUGUACCCUGGGAGUGUUCGGGUGACACUGAAUGCAAAGGUUUUAAAAGUCUUACCGGAAAGCAACUUUAAGAUGAAGCUUACUUUGGUAAAACAGACUCCUUUUCCAAUGGUAGUGCCAUGUUUCAGGAACUUUGGAUCUUGUGAAUACGACGUAUGUGAGAUGAUUAAUAAUAACCAGGAUAUCUUCUGUCCAAUUUUUCCACGCGGGCAACAAUGUGGCUGUCCAAUGCAGAAGGGGACUUAUACUGGUCAGAAUCUUCCUGUAACACUCCCUUCGAUUGGGGGUUCAACAGUUGCAAAAAUUAUGGAAGUAAGUAUGUCUCAAAUAUCAACAAAAGAAGAAUAUUAUCUAAAACUGAGCCUCAAAUAUCAACAAAGGAAGAAUAUAAUCUAAAAUUGAAAUGUUUUC